GGUCAGCACAUGCUUCAUACAAACAAGUGAGACUGAACACACUGUCACAGGGCUAAGAAAUCAUCUGCUAUAACAAACCAAAUUACUCUAAAUUACUCUUCUACAAAUUACUCUCAUCUAAUCAACCAAAUCAAGUAAAGGUGGGAGACAUUCUGUGCAACUAUCACUGGUUAAACGGGAAUUGUCUCUUUGGGAAAUGCCUUGUUUUUGUUGAACAGCAGUCAUAUAAAUAGCAUCUCAAUACAUGAUGCCAAACAUUAAGAGCAAAAAAACAUUAUUCAUGUGAUAUUGUCAAAUUUGGGUGGUCAGAUUGCAAGGCCAUACUGUCUUUUACAUACUGCAAUGAUAGAAUAAAAAAAGAAAUCACAAACUGAUCGUCUCGACUACUGGGAAAAUGAAAGAUUUAUCAUUCUACUGAUCAUUUAUUAACACUGAUAUUCAGAAAGACAAAAAUAAAUACCAUUUUCUUUAUCUGAAAGGAGAAGUUAUGAAGAAAGAAAGAAAGAAAGAAAGAAAGAAAGAAAGAAAGAAAGAAAGACAGAAAGAAAGAAAUUAUAGGGACACAUUUAUCCAAUAAAGGACUUGUGGCCAGAGACAUUUUCAAAAUACCAUUUAAACAUUACUCUGUGCAAUUUACGAAUUAUUUAUGGACAAAUGUUUGUAAAUAAUUUGGUCCAUGAACUGCAUUCGGAGGAAGUCUCUCGUCUCGCAGCAUUUCCUGGCAUGCCUGAAUAAUGAGCCCUGAGCAAUUCUGACUCGGACUCCCCAAGCCCUUGACAGGAAACCAGCACAAUAUCACACCCUUCGAUGUAAACUCCUAACUUGACAGUUAUUUGUCUAGAGAGUGAUCCUCAAAAGAGUCACUCGUAGAUCAUUUCUAGUUUGAUGAACAAUAGUUUGUAAAAAUUUACUGGAAAACCCUUUCAAACAUGUGGAGAGUUUUUGUGCUGCUGCUAUUACCAUUAAUGUUUGAGGACUCGCUUCAAGAUUCAGUAUCAAAAGAUUCCAGAAUCAUUUUUCCAAACAACCCACCUCACCCAAAAACAUAUCCUGGAACAAUAGUCUUUAACUCAUCCUUCCAGGUGCCUGUGAUAAAUGUCAGUGCCAAUGUCAUCGAUCACACCACUGGAAUUGUCAGCACUAGGAUCAUUCCAUCCGCGUACAUCCUAGCCAUCCUCAUCGGGAUCCCCUCUAAUGUUUUUGUGCUAACCUGCCUCAGCGGAAGAAAGAAUCUUUCCAGUGGUAUCCUAUAUCUUAGCCUAGCAUUUUCAGACCUUCUCUUGCUACUUUCCCUCACACUCAGAGUCCACUAUCACCUCAAUAACAAUGACUGGAUCUUCGGAGAGCUCGCCUGCAAGGUGGUGAUUGCCUGCUUUUAUGGGAACAUCUACUGCUCGAUCCAUGCCCACAUGUGUAUUAGUGUAAUGCGCUACCUUGCCGUGGUCCAUCCGUUCUUCUACAGGACAAUGUCGAAAAUGCACUAUGCGAUCUGCACCAGUUUAUCCAUUUGGAUGGUUUUUGUUAUCGCGAUGAUACCUGAGUUUAUGAUUCAGCAAAGCUACCAAGUUCUUGAACAAAAGCUGGUGACGUGUCAUGAUAUCCAGUCCUAUGAAAAAGCUUUCAACCAAGCUUUGAUUCCAUACAGACUAAGUCUAAUCUGCCUGGGGUUCAUCCUGCCAUCGCUGGUCAACACAUUUGUUUACGGAUCCAUCAUCUACCAUCUAAAUCAUUCCAAUCGUGACUGGAAACACUACAUAAAGGCCAGCACGUUGGUGUUUGGAAUCUUUUUAGUGUGCUUUGCCCCAUGUAAUGCACUUCUUUUUGCACACUAUGUGAAGCUGUACACUCAACAGCAGUAUGACUUGUAUUAUUACUACAAAGCAGCCGUAUGUCUGUGUUCUUUCCACAGCUGUCUGGACCCCUUCCUCUCAUAUCUCCUCACAAAGACUUCAACUUCCCAAGUCAAGUUUAGAUCCUUUAGCUCUAGAGCUCCGAUAGCUUUGUCCAUGAGUUGAGUCCUUUUAAAUACCAGGAUGUUUUUGUUGUGGCCUGCGAGGGGGGCUUCCUUAUCUAAAAAUGGCUUAACAGUGGGUUGAGGAUGUUAUGGUUGGACUUCCCACUUUACUUUAGAAGAGUCUCCUGACUUGAUCAGGAGUUGGACACUUACACUCAAGUGUGAACACGAAACUAAAUUAAUAUUAAUACAAAAUCUUUGAGACCGGGAAAGUUGAGUGUUGAGUAAAAAGUGUCCGGAUCAUUUGUAUAAGAAAAGAGUAUCUGAAAUAACAGAUGUAACCUCUUAGACAUUUCAUUGGUUCAGCACUGUUAUUCUG